AGCCGGGCCGAGCCGACAGGGGUAGAGCCGAGCUGCGCGGGGCAGAGCUGAACCGAGCGGGGCAGAGCCGAGCUGCGGCAUCAUGCUGGGCAUGGUGAAGAACUCGCUGCUGAGCACGGUGGAGGCAUGGCCCCACCGCCUGCUGAGCAAGGGCGAGAAGGAUCAGGUCAGCUACGAGGAGAGGGCGUACGAGGGCGGGAGGUUCGCGGCCGUGGAGCUGGUGGGGAAGCCAUUCGACGAAGCCUCGAAGGAAGGGGCGGUCAAGCUCCUCAAGUACGUCGGAGGAAGCAACGACAAGGGGAUUGGAAUGGGAAUGACUGCUCCUGUCUCCAUCACUGCUUUUCCUGCUGAAGAUGGCUCCUUUCAGCAGAAGGUGAAAGUCUCUCUGCGGAUCCCGAGACAGUUUCAAGACAACCCUCCUUGUCCUACCGAUGAAAGCAUUAAGAUUGAAGAAAGACAGGAGAUGACCAUUCAUUCCACGCAGUUUGGUGGCUAUGCCAAAGAGGCAGAUUACGUAAACUAUGCUGCCAAGCUGAAGGCUGCUCUGGGGAGUGAUGCUGCAUACCGCAAGGAUUUCUACUUGUGCAAUGGUUAUGACCCCCCUAUGAAGCUUUACGGACGCCGCAAUGAGGUCUGGUUCGUGAAAGAGUGAACAUCUGGCUCCCCAUGGUGCUGCCUUACACUGAUAACCUCCCCACACUAUGUCCCUGUCCUCUUUAAAAUAAACUAAUAAUUCAGCAGAGGCAAAAAAAACUAUGACUGCCUUUUUCCAUGCCUAUGCCUUAGUCUUUUAUGGACCAUAAAAGUCAUUUUAGAAGAACACUUGCUGACCCUCCUGAUGGUCCAGUUCCUUCAUUCCAGUCUGUGGACCUCAGCCACACAGACUCUCUUUAUCUCUUUGUGGCUUGUUUUUAUCUCCUUUGUGCUUCCAGAGUUCAGUGCUGAGAAGGCCAAAAGUACUUAAUUGACUGGUGCGUGACAGGAGUCACAUUUAAGUGUAGGCAGACUAUUGGUCUCACCUGAGAUGGGCAGGGGAACAUGACAAAAGUGCAUACAGAGACUUUUUUAUCUCCUUCAGUUUGCUGCAGCUGUAGAGUGCUGCUUUUAUCUUUGCCGUUCCACAAUCUAAAGGGACACAGGCAUUGCUGCCAGCGUGGCAUAGUGAAAAUAAACAUCCUUUACAUUAAUUCAGAGUGUGCAGAAGAUCAACGCUUCUGUCAUCUGAGAAAUGUAAUUCAGAGAAAGAUCCAGAUUCUGUUUGCAGCUUUCUUCUGUUUGAGGAGAGAUGUUUUGGCAUGAGCUGUGUCUUCAUCUCAGCUAGCAGCUGGACAAUGUGUCCUAGAGACCUUAAGAUUGUUUCCUUACCUUACUAUUACUUUUGUGUAACAUUUCUUUAAAACUAGCCUAUACAAGGGCCAAAGCAGAAAUGUGUGAGGUUAUCUAAUUGAAUUAGAGAAAUGCAAGGCUGGGAAGAAAGCAGAUGCUUAUUACAUAUGAUAUGAAGGUGUAUUUGAAGAAUGGUGAAAAUAUGGUGAAACUGCUAUGGGUGCCAAUCUAAAAAACUUUUCUUCAAAGGUGUCAAUUUUUGAAGGGCUACUCAGACCAGCUGUUUUCUUUAGAGGAGGAAAAGGAAAAAAUAUGGCUGUUCUGGAAAACAUGGAAUCGGGUCAAAUAAUGAGUAGCCUUUUGGAAACUUCAGUAGCAAGUGUGGGUCAUAUUUCAGGAAGAGUGGCAAUGUUGAAACGUCAGGCAUCAAACCAGCAUUUUAGCUAUUGGCUCUGCUAGGAAGACAGCAGAAUUCCCACAAUGGGAACACUCACACACCCUGCUACUGGUUGUGUAUAAUUCAUUACCUGCACUAAAAGAGGUGUGGUCCUCUGGUGGCUAAAUGUCCCUUACUUCAGGUGCUUUCCAAAAGCCAUUUUCCCCUGGAGCUGAAAGAGACAUUUAUCAGAUGGCAUCUUGGCUUCUGGCUGGUCAAGCUGUUGCACGAGCUCCUGCUUUCUGAGAACAAAUCUCAGGAGUAAAAGGAGAAAACCUGAGGUUUUCCUGUGAUUUUCCUUCCUCUCUUGCUGAGCCAUAUAAGAGUUCUGCUGUGAACUUCGUGAGUUUCAAUCACCUGUGUGCAAGAGCAGCUAGUUGAGGAUGGGCAAAAAGAGCAGAUAUCAUUUAAUUAAACAAAAACCAAACAACAAUGAUGGGGAAAAGCUAUUAGCUGUAGUUAGUGAUUGCAGUGCAUGGGAGGAAGAAGAAAAAGAGAAAUCAAGACAAAGAACUAGGCUUUUGAAGGAAUUUUUGAAGCAGCAAAUGCCCUUUUAAGCUUGUACCUGAAUCCAAAGGGACUGUUCACGUCUCAGAUUAUUUUAACCUGUGUGGGUUAAACGGAGGAGCACAGUAUUGUCCGGUUUAUGCCUUCCCAGGUUUGUUUUGGAACUUGUGUGUGUACAGUCUGUUGACCUGUGGUGAAUGUCCUCCAAUGAUCAAAACCUUGAAAUUUCUCAAAAUUUAUCUUGUGAAAUCUCAGACGUUAGGAAUGUCAGUAAUAGAGCUGGUAUAAACAGAGCUGCACAGCUCAGCAGCAUGAUGGGGUUCUUUUAUAAAAUGCAUACCCUCUGAACAGAGAGUAAGAGCUUCAGACCCAACAGUGAGAGUAAACAUCUGUAGGCUCCGCCUGUACAGCCCUGCUACUGCAGGGCUUUUGCAUCAGGCAGGCAGGAUAGAAUUUCAUAAACACUGUUAAACAAUGUCAAAGCCUUAUGAAAACUGAAUUGCCUUUUCUGUAUAGACAAAAAUGCUUGUGUUUUUUCUGCAUUUUCUACAGUUUUGAAAUAAAUAAAAAAUAACGUGAUUUACAA